AUGGAAAUCAUAGAUAGAGUGGACAAGCUCGAGGUUGUCCUUGAACAAAGCGGUAAUAAAGAUACGAUACGGCACCAGAUACUGGCAUUACAGGUACAUUUAUCGAAGAUUUAUAAGGAGAAUCAAGAGCUACUUCAGCUAGACAGGCUAGUAGUUGAGCACGGAUUGAAAAACAACCUCUUUAAAGAACAGGAGAAAGAAACAAAAGAUUCCGUCGAGUAUGAAAUAAAGAAAAGAGUGGUUCUAUUAAAAGAACCUGCCAUCAAAGAAGCAUACAAUAAUUAUAUGCAGCUAGCGUCCCUAGACACCAAUCGGUUAAUCAACUACAUUGAAUCCAGUCAAGACAAAGUAUACAACUUCAACGACAUUUAUGUGCAUAUACAGCAACGGAAGGGGGAACUCAAAGCCAUCUCUGAGAAGGUAUACCUCUUAACCUUGAAAAGUAUGGUAGUUCUAGAAAAAUAUGUGAAUCUAAUGAACCAGGAGAACAAGUUUUGGUUGGAUUCAAACGAAAAGUUGAGGCAAUUGAGUAUUAAAGUCAACCAGCUCGAAAAGGCGAGAUCUAGCAGGUACUAA